AUGGAUAUACUUGGCCUCGAUCUUAAAGCACCGGGUACACCAUAUAAGGAAUUCGUACUAGCCUUUUCUUGGGCCGUUUACAUUUUUGAACAAUAUUUAGGUGUCCGUCAAUAUCGGAAACUUCGCGAACCAAAUCCACCAAAAUCUCUGCAAGAUAUUGAAGAAAUUCGGGAGAAAUUUCAUAAAACACAAGAGUAUGGCCUUGACAAGGCGAAGUUUGGGUUUGUGUCGGGUUUGUUUGGACAAGUACAAAGUACGUGGAUAAUCGUGUGGGAUGUACUUCCAUGGUUAUGGAAUCUCUCUGGAGAGUGGUUGACAUAUGCCGGGUACGGGACGGAUUAUGAGAUAACACAAUCAUUGAUUUUCACCGUAACAAUUACUACUAUGUUAUACUUCAUAUCCCUCCCUCUAAGUCUUUACUAUACUUUUGUUAUUGAAGAGCGUCAUGGUUUUAACAAAAUGACUUUAGGAUUAUUUGUUAUGGACACGGUUAAGGGUUUUUUGAUUACUGGGGUUAUAGGUCUUCCAAUUAUAGCUUUAGGUUUACAAAUCAUCAAGUGGAGUGGUGACAAUUUCUACUUUUAUGUUUGGGUGUUUAUGAUAAUUUUUAAUUUCAUACUACUUACCAUUUACCCAACACUUAUUCAACCUUUGUUCAAUAAGGUUACACCACUUCCCGAAGGUGAACUUCGUGAACAAAUUGAAGCAUUAGCCGCCCGUAUUAAUUUCCCUCUCAAAAAAUUACAUGUAAUAGAUGGUAGUAAGAGAUCUGGGCAUUCUAAUGCCUAUUUUUAUGGAUUUUUCAAAAAUAAGCAAAUUGUUAUAUAUGAUACCUUAAUAGAACAAGCGAAUAAUGAGGAAAUAUUGGCCGUUGUUGGUCAUGAAUUAGGACAUUGGAGUCUAAAUCAUUCCGUAAAAGUUCUUACCAUUUAUCAGAUUCACAAUUUAUUCCUAUUCUUUGUAUUUUCUCAAUUUAUUAGCAACACAGUUCUUUAUAGAUCAUUCGGGUUUGAAACACAGCCAACUUUGAUUGGAUUUAUAUUGUUUCAAUUCAUUUAUGCUCCUAUUGAGAAUGUUGUUGCAUUUUUGAUGAACAUAUUAAGCAGAAAACAUGAAUUCGAAGCCGAUGCUUUCGCAAAGAAAUUGGGUUAUGGAAAACAGCUUCGUACAGGAUUAAUCAAAAUUCAAAUAAAAAAUUUAGGAAAUAUAAAUAAUGACGCGUGGUACUCAGCAUAUCAUUUUUCACAUCCACCUCUUCCAGAAAGAUUAAAUGCAUUAGAAAAAAUGGACUAA